AGCUUUAAAAGGUGAGCAUAUACUGUAUGUUAUAGUUUAGGCAGAGAAUCUGUGCCUGCUAUCAAUUGCAAAGAAAAAACUGCUCAGAAACAAUAGUUUGUUCACCUCACCCUGGACUUUGAUAAGCAAAACAACAGCUGGCCCUUUCACUGCCUCUCUGAGAUAUGACGACAUCCAGUCAGGCAGAAACAUCCCUGGACGGAGGGGGCCUUUGGGCAGAGCAGCUAACUCUCAUACACCCUGUUUGUGUUGGGGUAUCAGACGCAAUUAUGAGGAUUCAAAGGUGUGGAUUCGAUGUCUGACCAGCAUGGAAAGAGAGGGGAGCAGGGGACAGAGGAUUUGUGAAGACUGGCAGGAUGUUUCGUGGUUUCUUUGUGAAAACGAUUAGCUUUGUCGGUUACACCGUCCAGUAUGGCUGCAUCGCUCACUGUGCCUUUGAGUAUAUCGGCGAAUUUGUAUCGUGUUCAGGGCCUUCCAUGGAACCCACCAUUACUAACCAUGAUGUGGUUUUCUCCGAACGAGUAAGCCGUCACCUCUGCCGAAUACAAAAAGGGGAUAUCGUAAUAGCCAAAAGUCCUUUUGAUCCAAAGAUGAACAUUUGUAAACGAGUGAUGGGGCUGGAGGGGGACAAAGUCUGCACUAGUGGACCAUCAGACGUCUUUAAAACACACACUUACGUUCCAAGAGGCCAUGUGUGGCUGGAAGGCGAUAACCUUCGGAAUUCCACAGAUUCCCGAAGCUAUGGUCCAAUUCCCUAUGCCCUGAUCCGAGGACGCGUUUGCUUAAAGAUGUGGCCACCGCAUAGUUUUGGCGUAUUGGCUGGAAGUCCUAAUGACGGGCGCAUUUUAUGAAGAAGCUGUGUGCAUGUGUAGUCGCAAUGUAAAUUAUAUUUUUGCAAUGUUUUAAAAUAAAUCCAUAUUUAUAAUUCA